AUGGCCUCCAUUUCCGAGCUCGUUUGCAUUUACUCUGCACUGAUCCUUCACGAUGAUGAAGUCACCGUCAUGGAGGAUAAGAUCAAUGCACUUAACAAAGCAGCUGGAGUGAAUGUUGAACCUUUCUGGCCAGGCCAGUUUGCAAAGGCUUUAUCCAACAUCGACAUUGGAAGUCUCAUCUGUAAUGUUGGAGUGGGUGGUGGUGCUCCGGCUGCUGCGGCCCCCGCUGGAGGAGGAGGGGCCCCUGCAGGUGGUGCUGCUCCUGCUGAAGAAAAGAAAAAGGAAGAAAAGAAAGAAAAGUCUGAAGAAUCUGAUGACGACAUGGGCUUUGGUCUUUUUGACUAAGCUGAUUUUUGUAUUUUUUUACAAUAAAGAUACAAUUACACAAGUGGAAUCA